AUGCUCAUAUCAAAAUUCUGCAAGAUUACUAGCUGCCAUAAGCUUCUUCCAGCUGACAAAGAACCUACAACCUCUGAGCUACCUCCUACUACGACUAGAGCAGCCUCGACAACUGCUAGUAAUGACUUGUCUACCACAACGAUUGAUGAAGAUGCUGAACCGUUUGAUCUUGAGAAGCUUUCCGGUGUUUUCGAACAGGACGGCUCCUUCAUUCCCGAUCAUCUGGUCAAUCAGCCAUCAGUUGAACCAGUCUUCCCAAGAGUCGAGCUGCCAGAGGAGAGCACCGAGUUAAUUGGUGGUGAUCAGCGGGCAAAGCAGACCACAACAACAUCAACCACAUCAAGCAUUUCGUCGUCAAGCACCACGGAGCAGCCAACAUUCGUCUUGGACUCAAAGCCAACCACUGUGCUUGUAGACUUCCAUCAAGAUCAAGCCACAUCUACAGCUGCGCCAAAGGCUGAUCUACCGUUUAAUCCCCAGCUUCAUCCAAUUGUAAUCCAGCCUAUUGUUACAAAAACGACCAUCAAUGAAGUGUUCCAAAUCUCUCGACAGCCUGGAAUCGACUCUGAUGAUGGACCUCGUCUUGUUCCUGUACAGCACACUGAAAUCUUACCGAAACAGGAGGAAACCUCAACCUCAUCACAAUCAGUCACUCAGGAGGUGAUAACUACACCGUUAACGCAUACUGAGGAAGAACAAACUGUUGCUCCUACAACGUCGACGACGUCAACUGCAGUACCAGUACAGUUCCCUGUAUUCGAGCAUAUACCGCAGCCUGAGCCUGGUCCACGGCCCGAACCGGCUCCACAACCCGAGCCAGAACCAUCCUCUGAGUCUCGUCCACAGCCAGCAGUACCUCAACCGGAACCUGAACCACAGCCACAACCAGAGGCUCCGUUACAGCCUCAACCUCAACCUGAGCCACAGCCAGAGCCAGUGGUC